AUGGCAAUGGUCGGUGUCUUUGGACGCUUGGCAGCAUGGGAGCAUGGAGGCCAUCGCUCAGCUGUGCCAGCUCCGACAGAGGAGCUUGGCCAAACCUUGCAGCUGGUGGAGGAGAAAACCGACAUAGAAGGGACCUUAUUUGUGUACAAAAGGUCAGCUUCUCCUUAUCAUGGUUUUACGAUAGUGAAUCGACUGAACAUGCACAACCUGGUUGAACCAGUAAAUAAAGAUUUGGAGUUUCAGCUCCAUGAACCUUUUCUUCUCUACAGAAAUGCUAGCUUGUCAAUUUACAGUAUCUGGUUUUACGACAAGAAUGACUGUCAUCGAAUAGCAAAACUCAUGGCUAAAGUGGUAGAACAAGAAGCUCAGAGAUCACAGCAAGUUUCCCAGGACAGAAAAAGUCCCAGCAGAACCAAUGGCUGCAAUGAAAACAGGCCCAUUGACAUCCUGGAAAUGCUUAGUAAAGCCAAGGAUGAAUAUGAACGAAAUCAGAUAAAUGACUUAAGUAUUAUAUCAAGUUCUGGAAUGCAACAAAAUGCAAAUCCUCCAAAGCCAGAAAGCACAGAGCCUUCAGAACAAAAAACUUCAUUACAAGUGAAAGAGCAGCCAUUUCAGUCAAGGCAGAAGCAUCUGACUUUGGAGGAACUGUUUGGAACGUCUGUACCAAAGGAACAGCCCGCAGCUCCGUAUCCCAAUCCAGAGAGAAUGGAAAAGUUGCAGACUGACACCUCUGCCAGAGAGCAGCACAGCUUGCUCUUGCCUUUUUCCUUUGACCAGUCAACAGUAAUACAACAAUCACUAGGGAAAUCUGAAAGUCCAAGCGUUAAAACCAGUGCCAAUCCUUUGAAAAAAAAACCACCUAUGCUAAUACCUCCAGCUUCAGUUUCCCAGCCUGAUGUAAAAAAUGUUUCAAGCUAUUCAGUUCGUUUAAGCCCUAUUCUUAAUUCAGCCUCGACAAUGGAAGCUGCCCCUGCUCAGAUGCUUCCUGGCUUAAAACAAAGCAACAGUAUAAUGCACGUUAUGCAGCAAGCUGCCAAGCAGAUAUCCCCACUAGUGAAUCAGCCGCCAUCUGAAGUGAACCACGCUCCACAAAAUCUAAUGGCUGGCCAAAGCCAGCUUAUAGCACCCUUGAUGUCAACAAAUACAGGAACUGUCUCAAAUACAUCCCAUACAAGUGUUGAUCUUCUCCAGAAACUCAGGUUGACCCCACAGCAUGACCAAAUGCAACAGCAGUCUCUCACUAAGACUUCCUUAACGCCAAACAUCUCUGCCUCGGUUGGCCAACUUGCAACACCAGAAAGCUUCAAAGAAUCUCACAGUAAGCCAUCAACCUUGAACAGCAAGAUAAUCUCUCCCCUUCAGACUGUACAACAAAACAAGGAAUCAGAAGUAUUUCCACAGCCGAAGACUUUGUCUAAAGCAAGUCAAGUUGCACCUCCGCAGUUUGUGACAGCCACAACUACAGUAACGCCUUCAAUCCUCUUGUCUCCUAGUGUUUUUCAGCAAUCAGCUACAAAAGCUACUGAAGUGGAGAAUAAAGCCAAUUCCUCUUCGCCUUUAACACUUGGAACAACAGAAGUUCAGACUAUACCUCCUACUGUUCUCAGUAGGUCGCAGCUUCAAGAAGCACUGAUACAUCUAAUAAAGAAUGAUUCCCAUUUUCUCAGCACUAUUCAUGAAGUCUACUUGCAAGUCCUAACCAAGAAUACAGACAACAUCAAGCUAUAAUCGAAGCUAAAUCUGCUUAAAAUAUAUCCAUUUUAGAAACAAUUAUGCCUCGUCUAUAAAACUAAUAUUUUUGUAAAAGAAUACUUAGUUUUCAACGUCUUGAAUUUGAACCUGUUAGGAAAGACUAUUCCUUAAAUACUUACGAAAGUAACGUUCUCAGAAGUGAUCUAGGUUUUCACUGUGAUCAUCACCAGCAAACCUUUGUUUUUAUUGGGGAGGGGACUUUAAGUUGCAUUUGAGCUCUCAUUAGCAUUAAGUGAAUGUGCAAAUGUUUGCUCUGGCUUUCAUUCCUACCUGUAUUCACUGUUCAAGGAUUAGAGACUCAAUACUAUUUAAACCAGCAAAUACCUAGUACAGUACACUACACCACACCAGAACAAAAUUUAGUUGUGGGAACCUGGUUCCAGUUUGAAGGACUAAGGAAAAGGAGAGCAAAAUGCCUUGUGAUUAAGUUGGCAGGUGUGGGGAAGGAACAGAUCUGGAAGCCAGGCCUUUGGAGAGAAAUCUUUAACAAAAGGUUUAAAAAUGUGAUUUGCUCAAUACAUUGACAGUCUCUACCUAAGGCACAUGAAUUCAUCUUUUAAAUAUUCCAUUAAUCUUAUUUGCUUCUGUGUCGCUGACAUUAAACAGGUAUCCAAGUGAGUAAGGCCAUUUUCUCUAAAAAGACAAAAUUUGAAGCAUGCAAAAUCCUCAGUGAUUGUAUCUUUUUUUUUUUUAAAAGCAACAGAGUUGUUCUGUUGCAUGUUGAAGUUCUCUUGUUUUAAAUUUAUAGUUAGGAGACCACCACUGGAAGACCCUCUUACUGUUCAGCAGUGUUUGAUAUAAUUUAAAUACUUUGUUUCCCUUUUAGCUUAAGGAUGGACCAUGUCAUAGUUGGCUUUCAUUCCUCGGUUGUGUUGGAACUGCAGUGUUGAAAACUAUGCAGAUGGGGAACAAAUGCAUGCUUUUCUUCUGUUGCCCUCUCCCCAAAUUGUUAGUGCACACUUCAUAGUCUGAAGUUUAUCUAAUUAAAAUGUUAUCGCUUCUUAUAUGUGAUUUAAUAAUUCACUAUUCACUAAUGUAAGAAUUUAACUGGAUUUAAUUUUCCCAUUUGAAAUCAGAAAAUUUCUAAUUAUAGUUUCUUAUGCUGCUGUGUUGGUUUACCCAUGGCUUGUAUUUAUUUCUUAAAGGCAUGCAAAGGUAAUUAAUAAGACUUCAGGUCCCAACUUUCUCCAGCAAUAGUAGUUUUAAAGGAUGCUUUUCCAGUAGAAAAGUUCUGGUUUAUUGAGUAAAAAGAUAAUCUGUAGUGAGUUAUGCUGCACUGCUGCUUCUUUUCCCUCAAGCACUAUUGAAAUAUGAAGAAAAAAAUUGUUUGGCUCCUUACAACAUAUAUGUAUGUGUAUAUAUCCUAAGGAUUAGUUAAUGUUGACAUAGUCAAGGUGCAUGGUCAUUUCAUUGGAAACUAGUAACUGAGCUUUAAUUGCCACUUAUUCACAAAUCGGUAUGUUUUAGAUACAACAAAUAUUUACAUUUUUAUGUAUUUGAUCUAUUUUAGUUUUUUUCAUAGCUUUUUAGUGGAAAAUAUAUUUUGUUUAGCACUACCUGCCUUCUGAAAAGCUCUUCUCAGCCUUUGAGUUCAGCAUUUCCAGUUAAAAUAUGUAGUAUUUUGUUAGAAAAAUGUGCAAGAUUCAGGGAAAGAUGCUAAUGUCAUGCACAUUCAUCAAGAAAUAUAUUGGCUUUAAUAGUAGCAUUUGAAUUCAGCAAUAAAAACUCAGCCUUGUUAAGGAAGAAGGAGCUUCCUACAUAAAUUCUGGAGUUAUAAUACUGUGGAUAUGCAUAAACAAUGAGACUCAAAUUAGAUCUAAGGUCUAAACUAAUUUGUUUUGUUGGGUUUUUUAGAAAAAGUUUCACUAAAAGGGACAAACCAAUGAGUAGUUCCUCUGAACAAAAAAGGAUAUCCUAAACCAAAUAGAGAGUUGCUUUUUAUCUGGAUUUAGCAAAGAUUAAGUCCGUAACUUCACUUCAUAUGGACA